AGCAGGAUUUAUAUAUAUUUAUAAAUAUAUAUAUAGUAGCUUAAUUUAACCUGGGACAGUCGAUACUGCAGGUAUUGCUGCAUUACUGCUGCAGGCGUACUGCCAUCGUGGUUCCUAUAAUUGUCUCCAACUAUAUAUACUCAGCUGUUCUUUCCUGCUAUACGAUCUUUCCUUUCUCAUCCAUCAGAAACUAUCUCCACUAUAAUCAACAGAAUGCUAGACAUCAAUUCAUUCCAUCACAUCUUCCCUGUGUUGAUCCCUCGUGGAAAGUGUUGCAGCAUCAGCAACAACACCAGUAACACCAAAUACUCAUGAUUCGGCUACACCCCACGAGAAUCUCCAUUGGAGAGGAAGAUGUGAACUUUCACCUCCAGAAUAUCCUCCUGCGUCAUGCAUUGGCUGCAGAUGUCCACCAGUUGGGCCUCGAUUUCGAUGAACAGAGCUGCGAGGCCGGUACAACGUUCAUCGAUUCUGAUGCCUCGUCCACCCAAUUCUAUUCGUCUCCUGGUAUAUCAGAUUCAGAGUCAGAAUCUGGAUUGAACCCUAUGUUCACCCAAAAGGCGUCGUACUACCGUAGACAGGGAAACAUUGAUGCGUCGCCUCCAUCACCAGGAUCGAGUUACAGACACCACGCUGUCUACACGCCACAGGCGGAAGAAGCCGUCUCCAACAGCAGUCGCUCAUCGUCAUCCGUGGUCAAGAGAGUAUCAUGGGAGUCUGCUAGAUCGUCUUCAAUAGAUGACUCCGUUGCCUCUUUGAAUAUCACUCAUCUGUCAUUGGCAGGUCACUGGCCAGAACAAAGAAGCCAUCGGCAAUCUCCAGGGAGUUUUGCUACACAAAGGACCCGCUCAGAGCUUCAUUCACUGGGCGAUGAUGAUUCACUGGAGCUUUCCGCAGAAUGGGACCACUGGAUGGGAAACUCCGCGUCUGAACGUGUUGAUCGGGCUGCACGUGUUGGGAGAGCUCCCACCUUUCUGCUGAGACAUCCUCUAUUUAUUCAGACCAUUCCUCCUCCAACCCUCCAACACUCCGACAUCCAUUCUUGCAAGACACCUCUUUUGAAUAUCUCGUUGAAUUCUAUGCCUAAUCGUGGCCAUACAUCAUUCAGCAACAGACCUAUCGAGAAGCUUAGCUUGGAAACAGAAUUGGAAUCUGAAAACCGCAGAACCAGUCAUUCUGAGACAAAAGGAUACUUGGACCUUUCUGCAGACCUGGAGAUAGAUAUUCCCUCAGCGGUUUCAGCGAUUGCAACCCCCAAGCCGCCUCAAGGUACUCGUCUGAUUAGCCCAUUUUUGGUUGAUCUUCCAAAGAAGGACACAUCUCCCCAAUCAAUCACAAUGAUCGGAUCUUCAGCAAGCAUCAGUACCCUGCCAAAAUCGCCUCGUCAGACGACUGAGCCUUGCUCUCCCCGGAACCUUCCUACGUCUAUACGUCACGAGAACAAGACCCCAUGCGAAAUGAACGUAGACGAUAAGGAUAACGAUAAAGAUUCGGUUCAAUCCCUUCAUAGACCAACCAAGGAAGCUUCCCCAACUGGUUCGAAAAGCUGCUCAAGUAGAGAAGGUAUCAGAAGCUCUCCAGUGCACUCUGACGACGGAGGAGUGUCUCUCAGACUAAAGCGGUCCAGCGACUCGGCUUCUAGAUCUAGUCUGAGCACCCACAAUGAUACGUGGGCCCAUGGCUUCGAUAACCAACAGCCCCAUGAAGGACAGCGCAAGAGAAGCGAAAACCAUUAUCAGUUGUACGCGUCCAAGGCUUCUAGUUCAACUAGUGAUAUCGGCAAGCGCACGCCGGCGGCUUGGGCUAUGGGGGAGCAUCGGGAGCAUCGGAUUUCGAAUACAUGGAGUCCCGUAAACGCCGUGCAGGUUCGUGGCCAAGACAAGGGCACUGCCGGUGUUCCACAAGAGCGUGGCACACCAAGCAACGUGGACCAAGCGACGUUCAGUCGCGUCCUGGAGGAGUCGUUUGCCUUUCAGGACCAAUUCAACCGGCUGGUUGCGGGCCUCGAUGGCGAGGACGACACGGCGGAUGACUUUGGCCUGAGAGUGCUGCGACGCCGGCCAAUGGGCGAUUGGUACCACAAGGAGGUGUGAAAGCCCGGAAGUUGGGGGUUUGGGGGGACUGGGAGGUUGAUGAUAAGCUUUGGAGGGGUGCUGAUGGCAUCGCGGACAGACAUGAUGUGUAACGGUUGUGUUUCAUGAUGAUCGGAUAGCCGAACGGCGGGGACAAGAGUGUCAGUUUGCCAAGAUGAAACCUGGGAUGUGUCGUUGCUUGCUAUUCUUGGAAAUGGGAUGGUGUACACGUAUGUACAGAUGCCUCGCAUGAUGAUAGAUCUGGAUGGUCGAGGAAUACCAUGUGAGUGGUCACUGGCAACUUGCCACUGACGAAGACCAAGUCGCCGC